AUGUCACCAUCGAUGGGCCAGCUCAGAAGGUUUCACGGAGAACUUGCUAAAGACUACAAUGCCUCGACGCUUGUCGGUACGGGUCUGGAAGUCAAAUUAGCUGGCCAGCAGGGCGUAGGUCUCUUCGCAAACAAGGCUAUGCAAGGGUUCGAGCGUAGAGACAACGAGACUCUGCGUCUGGCCGUCAAAGAGCUUCAUCCCGCAAAGCAAGGUGAGUUCAAGUUAUUGCCAGUCAGAGGAGAUGUCGAUCGAACGAGUCUGCUCUCCAUCUUCCGCGUGACGGCAUUUUGUCCUCUAUCUUUUCUCUCGUCCUGCUACAACAUCUUCGCGACGAUGAAUCCCUCCUGCCGCCCCAAUCUCCACCUGCUCCUCCACCAAACCAAAAACUACGACUUCGCCAUCUUCCUCGUCAACGAUGUCAAGGCAGGAGAAGAGCCAUGGAACACCGAGACGCACAGCAUAUGCUGCAUGACAACCGCCCAACGGCAGGAAUUCUUCACUGAUCCCUGCUCUCAAUGGCCUUACCAAUGCCGCUGCGAGCUCUGUACUGCACCUCCCUCCGUCCGCCAGAUCAGCGACCGCCGUCGAAAUUUCAUGCGUCACUUGCAUUAUUUAAUCAACGGGAGGGAUCUUCCGGAUGCUCCACCUACCAUCCGAGGCCUGAGGGCUGACGCUCCUGGUAGCAGGCUUCGGGCCUGGCAUAAGGACAUGUUCGACAAGCUCGCCGAGGCGGAAGGCACGACGUGGAUGACGCACACUCUGAAGUGA